GUGUCAGACAUUCAAAUCUCACUGUGGCCUCUCCCUCUAAAGCUUCUAUCCCGUCUCGACGAACUGCCACAAUCAUUCCAAUAACUCACUAUCUGGCCAUGAUGCAGACCCGACGUGUGCAUGCAUUGGAUCAUGCGGAAUUCGAAGGUGAUCCCAUUCAGAACUUGGGCAAGCCAAUUACUCUGAUAAAAAAGAAGGACAAUAAACAACUUUACGCGAUGCGAAGAGUCAAACGAACGGAGCCUUUCGUUUUAUCUCCCGCAGCAAAGGACAUUCACCACCCACUCAUAGCGCAUCUCGCAUUCACGAACGAAAUCUCUAAUAACCUGUACCUUUACUCUCCUUUUAUCAGCGGUGGACACCUGUUCAACCAUUUGCAGAAAGCUCGGCAAUUCGACGUUGACACGAGCAGAAUUUAUGCCGCCGAGAUCAUUUGCGCGUUGGAGUACCUGCAUACUCUGGACGUGUGCUGUUGGCUCAAAGCUCAAAAUAUUAUGUUUGAUUCAUUGGGUCACAUUACACUGUGUGGCUUUGGACUUUUCCGGCAACGUGAUGGCACGCAUCGAGACUGGAAAAGGCCGGAGUAUCCCGCCCCAGAAGUGCUUAUGAACGACAAGUACAGCAAGGCCGCUGAUUGGUGGACACUCGGCGUAUUCCUAUACGAGAUGCUGACGGGCUUGCCGCCGUUCUAUAGCGACGUGUUGGAAGAGAUUCGCAACAACAUCAUCUCAAAACCGCUGCACCUGCCCGAGCCAAUGCACGCAAACGCCAAGGACAUUUUGGUCAGCCUUCUUCAUCGGGAUCCUGAACAACGAUUGGGUGUCAACGGAGCCUCUGAGUUCAAACAACAUACCUUUUUCCAGGAUCUAGAUUGGCAGGAGAUAAUUGAGCGAAGGACCGAACCUUCGUUUCAACCUGGCUAUCGUGCGGGAUCUUUUGAGCCUUAUGGCGUCGAUUAUCCGCACAUCCCUGAAUUUGGGCAGCCUGAGGAACCUACCACCGCUGGGACUUUCUUGGGUUUCGAUACGCAUAGUCUUUCUGACUCCGGAAACAAGGCACUGAAUACAGGAACAGGGGCCAGAGCGGCCAUGAGCGUCGAAGAGAAUCCCAACGCACCUGCAGUCACGGACGAGAACAUUGAGCUCGACACAACUGAACAAAUACGCGCCGCACUUGAGGUUCCAUGGAAGUCCGACCGAGAAGACACAGUUGCGCACCUCCUCGAAUCAAAAAUAAAUCUUAGCACACCCAUCUCUGAGCAUACGAGCGAGCGUACAACCAUGCUAGCAUGGGUUAUUCGCCAUGGAAGCCUCAAAAUGCUGAGACUCAUUCUCUCAAAAGCAGACGUCAAGAGUAGGGAUCGUGUGAGCGUAACACUAGCACUAGGUCUAGCUACCAGGAUGCGGAACAUUCCAGCCACCAAUAUCUUGCUCAGCCAUGGCACGCGCUGUGAUUUCGAAGACGCAGACAUUCCCGUUCUCGCCGACCUCGACGACCCCGAUGGUGACACAUUCCAAGAUCCUUCCGAUCCAAGAGAUUUUACGCCAGCGCUCGUGAGUGCAGUGUUGAACCGUGAUGUCGACCUUGCUCGGAUGCUGCUCGCCCACGGAGCGAACCCAAACCUUGGCUACCAUGGCGUUCGUUCUGGAAUGCGCGGCCUAAUCGCCUUCUCUUGCGGAAGGAUCAUCCAAUUGGCGAUGGAGCUGCGGUUGUUCGGAAUGGCGCAAUUGUUGCUUGAGUACGGUGCAGAUAUAGGGCUCGCGGCGCCGGUUUGGGAGGCGCGAGGGCAUGAUUGUGGAGUUGUUCCGAGGGCGGUGUAUCAGAGAGUGACGGCGGCGCUGCGGGAAAUCAGGUCGAAAAGUCUGGAAGAGUGAAUGAAUUGCCCCAGUGGAGUCAUACAGAAUACUAAGUAGUUCAAGCUAGG